GACACUGAACUUGAAAAGUAUCAAGUAUGGAUGAAUUAUAUGUACAAGUAUUAUCGGAACCAGUGGGAGGUAUUGUUGCAGUUCCGUUAGAGACACUUGUUACGUUAUUUACUCUGAAAUUUUGCAGACAUUAUUCAAGUUAUUUGAUAUUUGUACUGAAGCCUGACUGUAAACCUUCGUUUAAUGCGAAGGUCACAGAUUUUACUUUUGAAUUAAUUAAGGAAGAGGAUCUUAUAGAUGUUGCCAGAAUAUGUCAGUUGCCGGUAAUGAUAGUAGGAGAUGGUACCACAUGUGUUGCCGGUCUGUGCGCCGUGCUGCGGCAGGUCGUAAAAGACGCCACGGCACAGUCUUCGGGACACCGGUGUCGUUCGCUUUUGGGAUUCCGACAGGGCUGUCUCAUGGCAUGUGCCGAGUCGUCUCUAUGGACGCGGUUCUGCGAAGUAGACGUGAUAAACACCGUGAAGAACCUGAUGACCAAGGACUUCGUUCCUGUUUUAGUGACACUUCCAGAAGAUGUGGCACGUUUUGAAAUUCAUAUGAGCCAAUCAUUACGUAUUCAUAACAUUCAUAAGCAGAACAAAGAUUAUGUUAAUUCUAAAGGUACUGCACAUUUAAAGUUGAAACAAGGGGGACAGAGUAUCAAGGAAGGAAAGCAUAGUGGGAAUGUGGAAAUUGAAUUGGACCACUGUUUCGCUGAGGGACCAGUGAUGACACUCGCAGAUGUCAUACUCUUCCCUUGCAUGCACGUAAUCUUGCGUACUGUUCGUAGCGUGUACUUGCAGCCAUCUCUCCCUUUAACACUGCAAUGGUACGAGCUUGUAAAAUUACAAGAUGGAGUAGAAGAAUCGAUUGAUAUCAUCAUGGAUAUUCCAAGAAAAAUAGUGGAUGAUCUUUACGUGAAAUACAUAUUGCCUGCCGUUCCUAACCAGAGCUUGUAUAAGAGCGAUCCGAAGAGAUACAAGCCGAGGAAUCGCAUAUUUACGAGGCAGGCGGAUGUGGAGACCUCGUUAAAAAUGGUCAAGGAAUUGGGAGUAAUGGUUGACUGGCAGCGAUAUCCAUUCGGUUGUGAGCUAGAAUUUGACUGGGGUGCGAUGCCGUAUGAAGCGCACCCAGAAGGAGGUCACUUGCCACCGUUUCGCCUCGAAAGGAAAGGUCAGCAACUUGAAAAUCUGGCUAAAGCCGUGUUAAAAGUAGCCAAGCCUGGUCAUACCAUAGUAGAUUUUUGUUCAGGAAGUGGGCAUCUGGGUAUCAUACUCGCUUACAUGUUGCCUCGAUGCCAGUUGAUACUGCUGGAAAACAAAGAAGAGUCUCUUGUAAGAGCCCGUAAGAGAGUCUUGAAAUUAAAAUUAACCAACGUGAUUUUCUGUCAGUGUAAUCUUGAUUACUUCUGCGGGGAAUUUGACGUAGGUGUUUCGUUGCAUGCUUGUGGAGUGGCGACGGAUCUGGUGAUCCAGCAAUGUAUCAGUCAGAAUGCAGUAUUUAUCUGCUGUCCGUGUUGUUAUGGCUCGGUUCAAAAUAAUCACAUCUUAACAUAUCCGCGUAGCCAGGUUUUCCGAGAUUCCGCAAUGACCGUCCGCGAUUACCUGGUGUUGGGACAUUCGGCCGAUCAGACUCACGAUGAACACAACGUGAAAACGGAUCAGGGGAAGAUAUGCAUGGGCAUAAUCGACACCGACCGAUGUCUGCAGGCUAAAGAAGCUGGUUACUCGGUAACUCUCGCUAAACUUAUUCCAGAAACUUGUACGCCAAAAAAUAAUUUGCUGGUUGGGAUACCAAAAAAUUGGCAGUGAUUUUGAUUCCAUGUUUCGAUGCUGCCAUUUAACCGAUGCUUCAAUGCGUGUCUGAAAGUAAAAUUACCCUGGGUUGUCAGAUUUCAGUACGUCCGAUCAACUUACCUCCAAACAUAUUAUGCAGAAUUCUUUGUGCAAUUGAAAAUUCAAAGUACCGUUCACUAUAUAUUAUGAACCCCCCCCAAGAAGGAGAUUGCCAGAUUAUUUUACUGAGGCCACGAUCUUCCCAGGCCGGGAGGUGGUACGGCUUGGGGAGGCUAAAGCGGUGAAAAGUCAAAAGAAAACCAAAUGAAACUGCUUCGAAUAAUCAAAGUAUAUUAUUUAAUGAAAAAUAUUUAAAUAUAAGAUAAACAGAACCAAGACACAUUUCAGGGCUCAAACUCCGGCUGGGUAUGCGACUCCAGAUGCCCAACUCAACCCCCACACACCCUGACUUGCCUUCCGCCUUUUUCCUCGAGUCGUUCUCUCUCUGGCCGACACACACAGACUGUUUUUACUGCCCUGCUGUCUGAUCAGGGUCUCGAAGCCGCCAACUCCAAAGAACUUAGAGAGGGGAGAUAAGCCACUUCGAGCCAUGAGGCAUGGCUCAAUUAAUACGAGUUAUAGUUUGGGGCGAUCAGAUAUUCUGCAAAUAAUGGGAUUAUACCUUCAUUGUGUUUUGGUUCCCAGCUCUGAAACCUUAAAGAGUGCAGAAAUCUUAAUUUUAGUGGUGGGGAAAUGCCUAUGGGAUUUAUUGUCCAAGAGACUCAUUUCCUGGUGUGACAGUAUUAAAUAUUUUUGUAAAUUAGCCAAGCAGCUGCCUCCUGAUUGGCUGCGUUUCUGGUUUUUAUUAGCUUCUCCCCCUCUGUGCCUUGUCACCCAGGGUUUCAGAGGUCGGACCUGAAUAGUAAUGUGGGAAGUGAGAACUCGGGUGGGAUUCAGUCGUAUGGUCACUCACGAGCCCAAAACACUAACCUGUGAGAGAAAAUGAAUUUUAUUUUGUAUGAUUUGAGGUUUUGAGUCUGAAGACGACCGUCUUCUGCGUUGUUGGGCUGCGUAGUCUGGUAGAAGAUUGCCGACGUAUCAGAGAUCUUAGCUACCUCCAGUAUCAGGGUGCCCUGAUGAUGGCGGCAGCAGCAAAGACCCCAUCUUGAAUUUUAUUAAUGGAUUAUACACUUUCAUAUCGUCUAAAAAUAAUAUUAACAGCACGAGAAUUUUAAGAUUGAAAAUAUUUGGUAGGAAUAUAGGCUUUUUGAUUUCUGGCCAGAAUUGUUGUAAUAUAUUCAAUUUUUUUUUGGGGGGGGGGUGUUAAUCAUUGGGAGACAAUUGACAAUCCAGUAUAUGAAUUUGUUAUUCUUAUUGUUUAUGAACUCAAAAAUGUGUUUGAUUGAUUCGAUAAUGACUGUAGAGGAAAAGAAGUUUUUAUUGUAUGGUUUUUAUGAAAUUAUUGCUUUAAAAUUAAAUAGACUUUAAUUGCGGAAGAACAAAAAUUGAUUCCUGUAGAGCUUUUAUUUUUAAGAAUGUUGGAAAUUAAUUCUGCGUAAUAUGGUAGCAUAACUGUUUGAGACCAGUUUCGUAAUUUUUAUUUGCAGUUAAAGUGAAUACUGUUCAUUUUAAAUUAAAAUUGAUGUACCACAACAUGUGUUGGUGUCCUCGUUUUAGAAUGUUGUCACCCUGUAUUAAUGUGUUGAUACCUGUAAACAAGGUUUUGUCUUGUCAUUAUUUGUUUCGUGAAUUUUAUUUUGUGUUCUUAUCUGAGUGUGUUGAUCAGUUUUACUUGUUAUAAUGUAUACUGAAUUUGAUAUAAUAAAAAUAUUCCAAUUUGUGA